AUGAAGUUCACACUUACCCGCUGGUGCUUGACCCUCUUCAUCUUCUUGAAUCGCCCACUUCCGGUUCUUCCUGCCAGUUCAGAUUCCACCUACUCUCCAACACUGGAGCCGGAGCCAUUUCUCUUCCUUUUAGGAAAACAGAGACUGCUGCAGGCACAGCACAAAUGCUUUGACCGAAUGCAGAAGUUGCCCCCCUACCAAGGAGAAGGUCUGUACUGCAACCGCACCUGGGAUGGCUGGGCCUGCUGGGAUGAUACACCAGCUGGAACGCUUGCCGAACAGCACUGCCCAGAUUAUUUUCCGGACUUUGAUGUGGAAGAAAAAGUUACAAAGUAUUGUGAGGAGGAUGGGGUUUGGUACAUGCAUCCUGAGAGCAACAUUUCCUGGUCCAACUAUACCAUGUGCAACGCUUUCACCCCUGAGAAGAUGCAGAGCGCAUACAUCCUGUACUACCUGGCUAUUGUGGGUCAUUCGAUGUCAAUGGUCACCUUGGUGAUUUCCCUGGCGAUUUUCAUGCUUGUUAGGAGCCUUAACUGCCAGCGUGUGACUCUGCAUAAGAACAUGUUUCUGACCUACGUUCUGAACUCUAUCAUCAUCAUCAUCCACCUGGUUGAAGUUGUGCCCAAUGGAGAGCUCGUGAAAAGGGAUCCGCCGAUGUGCAAGAUUCUGCACUUUUUCCACCAGUACAUGAUGUCGUGCAACUAUUUCUGGAUGCUCUGCGAAGGCCUCUACCUGCACACUCUGAUUGUGGUGUCUGUGUUCGCUGAGGGGCAACGCCUGUGGUGGUACUACCUCCUGGGCUGGGGACUCCCGCUGCUGCCAAGCACUGCUCAUGCUAUUGCUAGGGCUCUGUUAUUCAACGACAACUGCUGGCUGAGUGUGGACACCAACCUGCUUUACAUCAUCCACGGUCCGGUCAUGGGGGCACUGGUGUUGAACUUCUUCUUCCUGCUGAACAUCAUCCGGGUGCUUGUGAAGAAAAUAAAGGAAUCACAGGAGGACUCGUACAUGUACCUGAAGGCGGUGAGGGCCACUUUGAUCCUGGUGCCCCUUCUGGGGGUCCAGUUCGUCAUCCUUCCCUGGCGACCUUCCCACCCCGUGCUUGGGAAGAUCUACGACUUUGUGAUGCACUCUCUGAUUCACUUCCAGGGAUUCUUCGUGGCCGUCAUCUAUUGCUUCUGCAACCAUGAGGUCCAGGCCGCCCUGAAGCGCCAGUGGAACCAGUACCAAGCGCAGCGCUGGAAUGGCCGCCGCCGGGCCCACCGCGCGGCCAACGCCGCCGCCGCCACUGCCGCCGCCGCCGCCGCCCUGGCUGAGACUCCGCCGAUCUACAUCUGCCACCAGGAGCCGCAGAACGAGCCCGCCGACCACCUGGGCGAGGAGGGUGCUGAGGUCGUCGCUAUGGAGAUCAUUGAGCAAGAGUCAUCCGCUUGA